CUUUUUCGCAACGGGUUUGCCGCCAGAACACAGGUGUCGUGAAAACCACCGCUAAACCUAAACCAAAAUGGGAAAGGAGAAGACUCACAUCAACAUCGUCGUCAUUGGACACGUAGAUUCGGGCAAGUCUACCACUACUGGCCAUCUGAUCUACAAAUGUGGUGGGAUCGACAAAAGAACUAUCGAAAAAUUUGAGAAGGAGGCUGCUGAGAUGGGAAAAGGCUCCUUCAAGUAUGCCUGGGUCUUGGAUAAACUGAAAGCUGAACGUGAACGUGGUAUCACCAUUGAUAUCUCCCUGUGGAAAUUCGAGACCAGCAAGUAUUACGUGACCAUCAUUGAUGCCCCAGGACACAGAGACUUUAUCAAAAACAUGAUUACAGGCACAUCUCAGGCUGACUGUGCUGUCCUGAUUGUUGCUGCUGGUGUUGGUGAAUUUGAAGCAGGUAUCUCCAAGAAUGGGCAGACCCGUGAGCAUGCCCUUCUGGCUUACACACUGGGUGUAAAACAACUAAUUGUUGGUGUUAACAAAAUGGAUUCCACUGAACCACCCUACAGCCAGAAGAGAUACGAGGAAAUCGUUAAAGAAGUCAGCACCUACAUUAAGAAAAUUGGCUACAACCCCGACACAGUAGCAUUUGUGCCAAUUUCUGGUUGGAAUGGUGACAACAUGCUGGAGCCAAGUGCUAACAUGCCUUGGUUCAAGGGAUGGAAAGUCACCCGUAAAGAUGGGAAUGCCAGCGGAACCACACUGCUUGAAGCCCUGGAUUGCAUUCUGCCACCAACUCGUCCAACUGAUAAGCCCUUGCGUCUGCCUCUCCAAGACGUCUACAAAAUUGGUGGUAUUGGUACUGUCCCAGUGGGUCGAGUGGAGACUGGUGUUCUUAAGCCUGGUAUGGUGGUCACCUUUGCUCCAGUCAAUGUUACAACUGAAGUAAAGUCUGUUGAAAUGCACCAUGAAGCUUUGAGUGAGGCUCUUCCUGGGGACAAUGUGGGCUUCAAUGUCAAGAACGUAUCUGUCAAAGAUGUUCGUCGUGGCAAUGUGGCUGGUGACAGCAAAAAUGACCCACCAAUGGAAGCAGCUGGCUUCACAGCUCAGGUGAUUAUCCUGAACCAUCCAGGCCAAAUCAGUGCUGGAUAUGCACCUGUGCUGGAUUGUCACACAGCUCACAUUGCCUGCAAGUUUGCUGAGCUGAAGGAAAAGAUAGAUCGUCGUUCUGGAAAGAAGCUGGAAGAUGGUCCCAAGUUCUUGAAAUCUGGGGAUGCUGCCAUUGUUGAUAUGGUUCCUGGCAAACCUAUGUGUGUUGAGAGCUUCUCUGACUAUCCUCCUCUGGGCCGUUUUGCUGUUCGUGACAUGAGACAGACGGUUGCUGUGGGUGUCAUCAAAGCAGUGGACAAGAAGGCAGCUGGAGCUGGCAAAGUCACCAAGUCUGCCCAGAAAGCUCAGAAGGCUAAAUGAAUAUUAUCCCUAAUACCUGCCACCCCAGUCUUAAUCAGUGGUGGAAGAACGGUCUCAGAACUGUUUGUGUCAAUUGGCCAUUUAAGUUUAAUAGUAAAAGACUGGUUAAUGAUAACAAUGCAUCGUAAAACCUUCAGAAGGAAAGGAGAAUGUUUUGUGGACCAUUUGUUUUUUUUUUUUUUUUGUGCGUGUGUGGCAGUUUUAAGUUAUUAGUUUUUAAAAUCAGUACUUUUUAAUGGAAACAACUUGACCAAAAAUCUGUCACAGAAUUUUGAGACCCAUUAAAACAAAAGUUUAAUGAGAAACCUGUGUCUUGUUUUGGUCAACACUGUAGCCUUUAUAGUAUUCAGGUAAAAGAUUGGAGUUGCACAGAACCUUAUUUCUAGUGUUUAAACUGAAAUUUGGGUUAACUUUUCCUGGAUAGGAAACUUGGAAGUUUUUUCAUCUUGUUUAAGGGCAAGAAAGUUAAAAUACAUAGUAAAAACAAAGUAAAAGCAAUGCUAUAGGAAAAGGGUCUGUUGGCGCAACACACUUUCUCUUAGAUAAGCAAAGUAACACCAUAUGAUAGUUUAUAGAAACAGGUUAAGUUCUGUAAUACCAAAGUCCAUGUGUUGCAUAUAAAAUUUGUAUUCUAUCACUAUGAAGUAAACUUGUUAAUGGCAUGUUUUUGUUUCCUUAGUUACUGGAAUGCAUUGUCAUAUAAAUGUUGAAGCACCCUAAAAUGUGAGGCAUUUGAUAGCAUUUUACUUCAUAGUGGGGUUAAUUGUAUCUAGAUAGUAGAAAAACAGCUGGAGUUCAGUCACUUAAGAACUUAACAAAUUCAAGGUUGGGUGAAGAGGGCACAAACCCAGUUUGAAGAGGUGCAGUGGGAAAUGUAAGGAAGGACUCCUUUGGAUUGGAGUGUAGGGUAAGCUUUAUAAUCUGAAAAUGUCUUGGAGGUUUUGCUGUCAUUCCAGUAACAUCACCUAAUGAAGGGAAUACUAAAAGAUGACAGUUUGAAGUUUAUGAUAAACAAGAUGAAAAACCGCUUUUGAGAAGAGUGGUAACCUACAACAAAUUGUGAAUUUUAACAGUAUUUGGGUGACAACUAUCAAAUUCUUGGCUUUGGAAAGCUGGCGAAUGCUUCUUAAUACUGGUAUAUUUGAGAUACUGCUAUGUGGAUUUUGAGCAUUCUUUAAAGACCCUAUUUGAUCCUAAAACUUAUGCUUUAUGAAAGGGAAGUCAUUUCUUUAAGCUGCUUUGAAGUGUGGCAGAAAGCAUACAGGACACUUUGUAAUUAAUGACAAUGCUAAGUGGAAUGUCUUACCAACUUCUGUAGAAAGUGACUGCAAUGGAAAAAUCUCCAUUUAGUUCUAAACUAGGUAAAAUGGUCUCAACAGUACCACCAGGGGCACUGAUGAGGCCUAUAAAUUAGAAACUAAUAAAAGAAUUUCACAACUUAAAAGGAAUUA